CUGGCGGCGCCCCGUCGCCGCGGUGUUGCCUGGGAAGGAGAGAUCAUGGCGGCCGAGCCGAGUAAGGUGGAGAUUCAGACCCUGUUCAAGCGGCUGCGGGCGGCGCCGGCCAACAAGUGCUGCUUCGACUGCGGCGCCAAGAACCCGAGCUGGGCCAGCGUCACCUACGGCGUCUUCCUCUGCAUCGACUGCUCGGGUGCGCACCGCUCGCUGGGCGUGCACCUCAGCUUCAUCAGGUCUACAGAGCUGGAUUCAAACUGGAGUUGGUUCCAGCUGAGGUGUAUGCAAGUGGGCAGCAACACCAAUGCGACUGCCUUCUUCCGCCAACAUGGAUGCACCACCACAGAUGCCAAUGCCAAGUAUAACAGUCGGGCUGCCCAGAUGUACAGAGAGAAGAUCAGGCAGCUGGCUAGUGCUACCAUGGCCAAGUAUGGCACUGAUCUCCUGAUAGAUGGGUUGAGUGGAACACCUGGCCAUUCUCCUGAAAAGAGUGAUGCUGACUUCUUCAUGGAGCACACACAGCCUUGUGGUAUAUGGGACAUUGCAGAGGCCAGUCAGAAUCCUGCACAGUCCUCACUGGAGAUGGAGAGAGCAGCCAAACCAUCUGAAGCCAGCACAAUGUCACAGUCUAACCAAGGCCCGUCUAUUGACCUGUUAAGCACAUCCCCCAAAGCUCCUGUGGACGUGUCCAUGUGUCUGUCUACACACAGGCCUCCACCUGCCAGAGAAUUAAAACCUUCCCUAAUUGGCAAGAAGAAGCCAGGAACUGCCAAGAAAGGGUUGGGUGCGAAAAAGGGUCUUGGAGCCCAGAAAGUAAGCAGCCAGAGCUUUACUGAGAUUGAGCGGCAGGCCCAGGUGGCUGAGAAGCUGAGGGAGCAGCAAGCUGUGGAGUCUGGAAAACAAGCUGAGGAAUCCAUAGUUACCUCAAUGCGACUGGCCUAUCAGGAAUUGCAGCUUGAUCGAAAGAAGGAGGAGAAGAAACUUCAGAACUUGGAAGGAAAGAAACGUGAACAAGCUGAGAGACUGGGCAUGGGAUUGGUGUCCAGAAGUUCUGUCUCGCACUCGGUGCUGUCUGAGAUGCAAGUAAUUGAGCAGGAGACCCCACUGGCAGCAAAAUCUUCCCGCUCCAGGUUGGACUUAUUUGAGGAUGCUGGAGGCUUUACAUCUGGACCCCCCAAGUAUAAAGAUAACCCCUUCUCACUGGGAGAUGCCUUCAGUUCACGAUGGGAAACGGACUCCUCCUGGGGUGUCGACAAAGGGGAGGAAGAGGCUGAAGUGACAAUUUCCAGCAUCCGGCCCAUUGGAGAGAGACCCACCAAUCGGAAGGAGGCAGAGAGCAGGGCAUCCAUAGUGGAAUCAAAUGAAGCUCGGCAGAAAUUUGCAGGGGCCAAAGCCAUCUCCUCAGACAUGUUCUUUGGGCGGGAAGCUGAUGCUGAGUAUGAAGCCAGGUCCCGAUUGCAGCAGCUUUCAGGCAGCAAUGCCAUCAGCUCCGCAGACCUCUUUGGGGAGGCUGAGAACACACAUUCAGGUGGGGUGUCAAUUGGGAAUGUGCUACCUGCAGCUGACAUCGCUCAAUUCAAGCAAGGAGUGAAAUCUGUUGCUGGGAAAAUGGCUGUUCUAGCCAAUGGUGUGAUGAACUCACUUCAGGAUCGUUAUGGCUCUUAUUGAUGAACCAGGGACUGCAACUCACAGGGAUGUCAGCAGAGGCACUGAUUUCACUUUGAAUUGCCUGGAGUAAACUGCAGGAUUGUGUUUUAAUGUGUCUGGGGUGGGGUGGGGGGAAAUGGCCAUGUCCUAAAUCCUUUUUAAAUAGCUCUGGACUCUGAUCUGUACUGGAAUCGGUAUGCCCUCAAACAUGACCCUACCUGUUUAACCAAUGAAGAGGGAGGCCUUUUUCCAGAAACUCACACUGCUCUGAACCGUGGAACAGAAGCUACCAGUUGCGGCCAUUAUGAAUGCUCCAGACCUCCCUGGCCCACAUCUUGUUGUCUUAAAAGUGACUGCUGUAACCAGGAGCUCUCUAGAUGCCAUGUGUUCUGCUCAGUGCUGCUAACUGGUGCCCCUUCUCAUACAGGCUAGUACAGCAGAGAUGACAGCACUGGGUGGAAAGAUGUGUUCAGUUACCAUAGGCCAGGAGAAGAGGUGGGGAUGGAGGAGCUGCGGUUACCAGUGAAGAUGGGGUGGGGGUUUCCCAGUGCCUGCAUUUUGCAGCAUGAUGCAAUGUUACUGCUUACUGCUGUAAAAUCAAGUCACAUGACAGUCUUUGAAUUAGGAAAAGUGCUUGGGCAUAACAAUCUAGUAAAGCAAAAAAUUAGCCCCUGUUUACAUUGGGCAGCAGAAACCCUGGAUCUGGAGGGAGCUAAACCUGGCAAAGGUGCCUACCUGCAAGGUGGGUGGAGCAGCCCAGUCUUCUAGUGUUUCCCCAGCUGCUUCUAACUCUGAGGCAAGGGUUUGCUCUACCCAGGCAGAACAUGUCAGAGUUGCUGUAGCAUGUGAUGUGGAGAAUUGUGUAAGGUUUGCAGUUAAAAGAUACCUCCUGGCCGCUUGCUUCCUGAUCUCCCUUGCAUUGGGCCCUUGAGGGCUGGGUGCAGUGUCUUUGGCAAUGGAAGAAAGGCAUCUCUCUCUCCCUUUUUUUAAAUUACAAUUCUUUCUAAAAAGGGAGGUAGUGGCCAAUUGUUCCACACGCCCAGCUUCAUGUGGAGUCCACCUGUGCCCAGGGGCAUGCGCCUGCUCCACUGGGCCUCCCCACUCCUGGUUUGCACUGACUUGUUCUAUCUGAAUUCCAUGCCCUAGCCACCUCCUGUCUGUGCAUAUGAAGAUGGGAAUAGCUUUUGUUAUUGGCAGAGGCUGUACCCUGUUCUUCUUCCCUUAUAGCAACUUUGGACCUUUGCUUCAAGUUAUCUUACUUGAAUUAACUGUCUCUGUGGGGAGCAGAGGAACUGGAGGAAGCGAUGGGCUGAUCUUUGUUCUCCCCGCAGUGCUGCUUUGAGGCCUAGGUAGCAAGGGAAUCUUCUCUAUUGCAGCCAGCAAUGAGCACAGUGCAGAGUGUGUGGAGCCUUUGCAUGUAGCGCACCUGCCUGGGAGCCUCCCUCAUUGUGUCUUAAUGCCUUGCCACUGGCAGGUGAAACUACUUCAUGAUACUGAGUUCUCUCCUUAUUUCACCUGGGGAGCUGCAUUAUGAUUUGAUAAAGACUUCAGUACUGCACCAAUUGUCAGCAAAGAGGUAGCUUCAGCCAGUGGCUACUAUGCCCUGCCCAUACUGGUCUGGACUCUCCUGCCAGCCCUUUGCCAUCAGUGGCUACAGGUUGGGCCUGCUUCCCCUGUAAAAGGGACACAGUCUCUCUUUCCCACAUCUGGAUGGGCAUUAGUAAAUCCUACGCUGAUGGGCCUGUUUGUUGGAGGGAGGGAAAGGAGGGAGAUGGGAGGGCUCUAGCCCGUGCCUUCAGGGCUGAGCAGGGUCUAACCCUUCCCCCAGCCUGCUGUUCUUCAUCGCACAGUGCAGUAGUCACUGACUUUUUCCUUACAAACUUGAAAGAGGUGAGUGUCUGCCUUGUCUUUCUGCAAAUUUUCUUUCACCCCACCCCUGUGCUCCCUCAGUUUCUGUUCCUUGGGCUCUGAAAUAUGCACUGAUGCUUAGAUUUUAACUAUCAAGUUGUCUCAAGAGUGAAGCACAGGCAGCCUCUCCCGCACCCUGCUUCGGAGAAUGGUGGGUGUUCCUUGGGGCCUGAUAUUCUCUCUGCUCUUCUCUGGGUUGUUUAUAUUAUGUAGGAGAUAAUGGUAUUAAUGUGCUAUGUUUGUGGCAGGGCUCGAGGCUCUGCUGUAUAAGGGGGAGUGAAGUGGAACUUUUUCCUCAGCUGAAUAAAAGAACCCCCUGUGUGA